AUGUCUUGUAGUAGUCAGCUACCAUCGGGGAUAAUUGAAUACAUAUGUUCUGAAUAUGAAAUUAUUUUGGCCAGCACUUCUCCACGAAGAUAUCAAAUUUUACACGAUACAAUGGGAGUUACUGACUUGAAAACAAUGGUUUCUACAUUCAAAGAAGAUCUUGAUAAAGAGAACUAUUCUUCAGAUCCAAUUGGGUAUGUACACGAUACUAGUUGGCAUAAAGCGCAGAGCAUUAUUGAAAUUUUGACUGACUGCGAGAACCAAAAUCCGAACGAAUCUGUUAGACCCAAGCUUAUCAUAUGUGCAGACACUAUUAUUAUUGAUAGGGCUGGAAAAAUUUACGAGAAGCCCAAAACUAAAGAAGUUCAAAUGAAGUAUUUAAUGAAGUUUUGCUACGAAGACGAUGAACCUGUUAGCGUUGUCACAGCAGUGACAUUGAUUAAAUGGUACAGUAAAAAGAAUUUCGAGUUGAUACCAUUCAGAGAUGAAACCAAAGUAUUCUUUGAUAACAAAAUACCUUUGAAAACAUUGCAACAAUACGUGGAAAGUGGAGAUGGUCUAGAAGUUGGUGGUGGAUUCAAGAUACAAGGACAAGGUGCGUUACUUAUCGAAAAAAUCGAAGGUGAUUACUAUAACGUAGUUGGAUUACCUCUAAACAAAACAUUUAAAGCACUCUAUGCUGAAGCUAAUUUGCCAUGA